AUGCCAUCCCUAUACAUCUGGAGCAGCGCCUCCGGCUCAGCCGAGACACUCCCCUCAUACGAUGGGGAUGUCGUGCUACCCACAUACGAGCGAUAUCCCGCGUCACAAAGAUGGCUAGGCACCAGCAGGCUCCGCUCAGUAUUAUGGAGGCAGCAAGAGCGCGAUCUGGAGCUGGGCAACAUCGAGCGCGAGGACGACACCAUCUCGACGCCCGCGAAUAUAUACGAGCCGUCAUACCUCCCGCCACGGUAUGACUGGAUCUACCCACGCCAUCCAGUCCCGGCUCCACCACCAUCACCAGCACCACGAGUGCCUCCAACGCCAGCAGCACCCGCACCGAUAGUCUUCGCGGACGAGUUGGGCAACUUCAGGCCGGUUCGACGUGAGAGAACUAACGAGGAGGGUAUAACUGACAUGCCCCCUUUGCGACGUUUUUCGGGUCGUCGACAGUCUCGUUUGAGCAGACGGCCUCGUUUCAGCAGGGAGAACCGCAAGGGCAUCGCUGCUAUUGUGAUUGUGAUUUUAUCUGUAGUGGUUAUGAUUUUUUACGAGGUGUUUUAUAAGCGAGAUAUCCAACAGCCGGCGCAAGGGGAAUGGUUCAAAAAAUGGUAAUCUUAAUUCAAACGCCAUAUGAAUCUCGCAUCCAAGGGAAGUAUCCAGAAGUCAGAACG